UGGAGAACCCGUCGUGGUUUAGAGGUUCUGUGGAGAACCCGUCGUGGUUCAGAGGUUCUGUGGAGAACCCGUCGUGGUUCAGAGGGAACAUGUCUGCAGGGAACACGGAGCCGUGGGGAAGCUUCGAUGACCAGCUGGUCCAGGGCGGUGGCUCGGCGGUCAUCGACAUGGAGAACAUGGACGACACGUCGGGCUCCAGCUUCGAGGACAUGGGGGAGAUGCACCAGAGGAUGAAGGAGGAGGAGGAGGUGACGGAGGAGGCCAACGCCGCCGACGACCACGGCGCCGAGGACGGAGAGUUCCUGGGCAUGAAGGGGUUAAAGGGCCAGCUGGGCCGACAGGUGGCGGACGAGGUGUGGCAGGCGGGGAAGCGUCAGGCCUCCAGAGCGUUCAACCUGUACGCUAACAUCGACAUCCUGCGUCCGUACUUUGACGUGGAGCCGGUUCAGGUCCGCAGCAGGCUGAUGGAGUCCAUGGUACCUGUCCGCAUGAUCACCUUCCCCCAGAAGAUCGCAGGUGAGCUGUACGGUCCUCUGAUGCUGGUCUUCACUCUGGUGGCCAUUCUACUGCACGGCAUGAAGACGUCGGACACCGUGAUCAGGGAGGGGACCCUGAUGGGAACAGCUAUAGGAACUUGUUUUGGUUACUGGCUCGGUGUUUCCUCCUUCAUCUACUUCCUGGCGUAUUUGGUCAACGCUCAGAUCACCAUGCUGCAGAUGCUCUCCCUGCUGGUAAGUGACAGUACUGCAAGUACACACAGAGUACUGCAAGUACACACACAGUACAUUACAUUAGAGUCAUUUAGCAGACGCUUUUCUCCAAAGCGACUUACAAUCAGUAGUAUAUUACAUAUCAUUCACCCAUUCACACACUGAUGACAGGCUACCAUCAAGGUGCCACCAUCAGACUCUAACUAACAUUCAUCAUCCAGUCCACACCGAUGGCCUU